CUUGUGACCAGGUCCCUAAGGCACUGCCUAUCUGGCAACAAAGAUUGGAAAGUGCACAAAACAGUGCUGGACUAGGGCAUUUCUCUAGGUUCUCCCCUGGUAUUGUUUAUGAUGUAAUGUGGAUACUUGUGCAACUAUGGUAUAUAAGGGGACAGGUUCAUUCAUUAUGUUCACAGAGAUCAAAGAAGACCAGAGAGACUUUGCCCAGGUGCUGAUAUGGAGCAGGUGUCAUCAACAGGCAGACCCGUGCAGAUCACUGUGACAGAUGGAUAUGACUUGAAAGGUUUUAAAGGAGAUACUCCAGUUACCUUUAUCCGUGCAGAAUUCAAUCAGGUGGUUCUGGGAGACUCUGCAAAAAUUACUGUUUCUCCAGAAGGAACUGCAAAAUACAACUUCACUUGCAGUUUUGAGUUCAAUCCUGAAGGAGGAGUCACUUUAGAUGACCUCGCCCACAAACCUGUGUUCUUAACGAUGACUGAAGCUUUACCAAAGGAAAAGAAACAGAAAGAGGAGAAGACCAUGAUUCUUGGUCAAGCUGUGGUGGACCUUCUUCCUUUACUGGAAGGAAAGAGUUCGUUUGAAACGAUGGUCCCGUUGCACCCUGUGCCAGGCUCGCCCUUGGAACCUCUUCGAUCAGGUGUUAAGCAGUGCAGUCUUGAAGUUAAAGUAUUUGUGGCGGAGCCCUUAUUGACCGCAGCCCAGAUCUCAGGAGGCAAUCUCCUGAAGGUCACAUUGGAGGCUGCCUACUCUGUGCCUGAAUCCUUCAUUCCAGUAGGGCCGCUGCAGAACUGCAUGGUUGGUCUGCAAGUUCCAUCAGCUGGAGAGAAAGACUAUCCCAUUUACUUCAAGAAUGGAACUCUGAAGCUUGGAGGGGAAAGAGAACCUGUUCCUCGGCCCAAAAAAUGGCCUAUUGCCAACAUUCUGGCUCCAGGAGCUAAUAACAUUCCUGAUGCUUUCAUCGUUGGUGGGCCCUAUGAGGAAGAAGAAGGGGAACUCAACCAUCCUGAGGACAGGGAAUUUAGGAACCAAGCAGAGUGCAUAAAGAAAAGGAUUACUUGGGACUUGGAAAGUCGCUGCUACCUUGAUCCUCCUGCAGUGAUCAGUUUCCAGAAGCGAAUUGCUGAUUGCCGAUUUUGGCCUGUAGAGAUCACAAGGGUUCCUCUGGUUACUGUACCCAAAGGAAAAUCUGCUAAAUUUGAAAAGACUGAUGAUGAAGGUCAGCUUUUAUUUCAUGGUGUGGCUUAUGUUAAUAUGGUGCCAUUGCUGUAUCCAGGUGUGAAGAGGAUUCGGGGAGCUUUUCAUGUUUACCCUUACCUAGAUAGCACAGUCUAUGAAAAGACCAAGUGUUUAUUUAGCUUGUUCCGGGAUACUGGCCAUAAUUUGAUUCAGAAUAAUAAAAUAGGAGGAAUUAAUUCUCCAGUGUCCAAACCAGUUAUUUCUAAGAACCUGAAAGAAGAUAAAACAGUCAAAGAAAAGGAUAUAGAAGCAAGGCCUAGGCCUGGGGAUGUGCAAGCACCUAGUAUAAAAUCUCAGAGCUCAGAUACUCCUUUGGAAAUUGAACCCUCUCUUUGCAACAAUCCGGAAGGACAGCAAUAUGUAGAAGCAGGGACAUACAUUGUGUUGGAGAUUGAGCUGGACAAAGCCUUGGUUCCGAAGCGAAUGCCAGAGGAACUAGCCAGAAGGGUCAAGGAAAUGAUACCUCCAAGGCCGCCUCUUACCCGUCGGACGGGAGGAGCUCAGAAGGCGGUGAGUGACUACCACAUGCAGAUCAAGAUCAUUUCUAGAGCCAUUCUGAAUGAGUAUCACAGGAUGUUUGGAAAAGAGGCAGUCAAAGUGGGGAGUGAUCUGGAUAGUGAAACCCUGGAGGAGCAGAAGUGCCAGCUCAACUAUGAACUUAAUUGCUCUGGAAAAUACUUUGCUUUUAAAGAACAACUCAAGCAUGCUGUGGUAAAGAUUGUGAGAGAGAAGUACUUGAAGACAACAGCAUUUGAAAGCCAAGAGGAACUGCAGAAAUUUAUUAGUGAGCUCUAUGUUUUCUUGGUGGAUCAGAUGCAUGUGGCCUUAAAUCAAGCCAUGCCAGAUGAUGUCCAAGGCACUCCUUCAACCAUUUAUACCAGCAGUGAACAGCUUCGACUCUUUGCAUUCGAAGCAGAAGUCAAUGAGAACUAUGAAAUGGCAACAGUGUACUAUGAAGAGAGGUUGGUUCGUGAGCCCCAGAACCUGGAGCACUGGCUGGACUACGGUGCCUUCUGCCUCCUAACUGAAGACAAUAUCAAAGCACAAGAGUGUUUUCGGAAAGCCCUUUCCCUGAACCAGAAUCAUAUCCACAGCUUGUUGCUGUGUGGUGUCCUGGCUGUCCUGAUGGAGAACUAUGAACAGGCAGAAAUUUUCUUUGAAGAUGCUACUUGCUUGGAGCCAACUAAUGUUGUAGCCUGGACUUUACUUGGCUUGUACUAUGAAAUUCAAAACAAUGAUAUUCGAAUGGAAAUGGCAUUUCAUGAAGCCUUCAAACAGCUUCAGGCACGAGUGCUUCAGGCACAAGUUACAAAGCAGAGGUGCACCAGUACUGUGGAGUACAUUGAAGAAGGAGGGAAAGCAGACUCCUGUUUAGGCCCUUGGGGAAUAACCAGUGGUUCUUCUACAGCAGCAGUCAAGGUGGAAGCCCCAGCAGGACUAGGAGCUCCAUUAUCCAUUCUAGAUGAAUUUCUUGAUGAAUCCUCUAACCUGCAGUCUGAGUCACAUGAACCCAUUUUGUCUGUACAGUCUCAGGAUCCAACUACCAGCCAAAAACCAUCCAACACAUUUGUCAAGAAGACACCAUCAAAAAAAGGAGCAUCAAAAUGUCAAGAGUCAUCAACUUCUCUGCAUCCCAUCCUUUAUAGUGUUUCACAAACUCCUACCACCAUCUUCAUGGAGACCAUACGCUUCUUGAUGAAGGUCAAUGCUGUGCAGUAUGUACACAGAGUGCUUGCACAUGAGCUACUAUGCCCUCAUGGAGGCCCCAGCUGUGAGUAUUACUUGGUGCUGGCCAAGACACACCUACUCAAGAAGGAUUUUGCUAAAGCAGAGGAAUACCUUCAACAAGCAGCCCAGAUGGACUACCUGAACCCUAAUGUCUGGGGCGUGAAGGGCCAUCUCUAUUUUCUGAGUGGAAAUCAUGCUGAGGCCAAGGCGUGCUAUGAGCGAACCAUUAGUUUUGUAGUGGAUGCUUCUGAGAUGCACUUCAUCUUCCUGCGACUGGGGCAGAUAUAUCUGGAAGAGAAAGAGUACGAAAAGGCAAAGAAAACCUACCUGCAAGUCUGUAAGAGAUCGCCUUCAUGCCUUACCUGGCUAGGACUGGGAAUCGCCUGUUAUCAGCUGGAUGAGCUCACAGAGGCUGAGGAUGCUCUCUCUGAAGCCAAUGCACUGAACAACUACAAUGCUGAAGUAUGGGCAUAUCUGGCUCUGGUCUGCCUGAAAGCUGGACGGCAACUGGAAGCUGAGCAGGCCUACAAGUACACGAUGAAGCUGAAAUUGAAAGAUGAGAGUCUGCUUGCAGAGAUCCACAUGGUACAGGAGACAGUUGGCUUUGGAAAUCCAUCUUUCUGACAUCCUUCCACCUGAAGAAUUUUCUGUAUGGGAUACUGAGCUCCUUUCAUUCCCAGAGAAAUUAAACCCUGGAUGUUUCACCAUAUGAGAGCUUGGGAUAAAGAAAAAAUGAUCUUCAGCACAAACUGAAACCCAUUCACUUAUUUCCAUUGGCUAUCUUACUGGAUGGCUGUGUUACUGGAUGUUUUAGUGGUUGACAGUAAACUGGAUGGCAAUAAAAAAAUCUAAAUAAGAGAUUCAGAAUUCAUCAGUUAAGGUAUACUGAGGUAUAUAUAAGAAUAUAACUCUGUGUGUGUGUGUGUGUGUGUGUGUGUGUAAGUAAGGUAUAGUAGCUUCAUUAUUAGGGUUUCCGGUGAAAGCUUAUCAGGAUCACUCCUAAAGGAGGUCAACUGCUAAGGUCGUUGGCCAGGUUCACUUACUGGAACUUGGGAAUUAAAGCAUCAUUUCUAAGGUGGGCGGAAAGGAAGAAUGCUGUGCUGGGUCACUGCAUUAGGGCAAAGAGCAUAUGAGUUGUGGCCAGAGCCUUUGGAUCCAACAGUGAACAGAGAAGCUUAACAGACUGGUCUUUGCUGAAGGUAUCUUCAUGGAUCUAAACCACAAGGCCUCCAUGAAGAGUCCAUUACCCUAUAACAGAUGCAAAACUCCUCACAACGGAGGCCAUUUAUUCUAGGGCUAGAGAUG